GUCUUCCCCAACCGAGGCUUCCUCCACCAGCUCUGCCAGCUGGACCAGAAGCUGCGAGGUGCAGGCCGGAGCUGAGGGGCCAGAGCUGGUCCUUACUCCCUGCCAUGGGGCUCUGCCACUUUGCCACCCUGGCACUGGCCCUGCUAGUGCUGCUGGAGGCUCUGACCCAGGUGGACACCCAGAAGAUGGUAAGAGUCCAGUGUGGGGUCCGCCUUCGAGCCUGUUCCUCCAUCCGCUUCCUCCGGCUGCCUGCACUCAGCCGCUGUCUUCAGCCCCCACAGAAACAGCAUCAAGUGUGCAGAGACAAGCAGCUGGAAAUCAGCAGCACAAAGUGCCCGUCAGAGAAGACCACAGCCUGGGCCAGAUACCCCCACAGGAUGGACUCGCUGCAGGAGCAGAACCUCCGGAGGCCCAACAUCCAUGGGGCAGUCGCAGUGCCCUCCUACCAGCCGCCUACGCUGUCCUCGCUGCAGCGCUUGCUGUGGGUCCGUCGGGCCACUAUGCUGAGUCACAUCGAUGAGGUCUGGCCCAACCUCUUCCUGGGAGAUGCCUAUGCGGCCCGGGACAAGAGCAAGCUGAUGCAGCUGGGCAUCACCCAUGUUGUGAAUGUCGCUGCGGGCAAGUUUCAAGUGGACACAGGUGACAAGUUCUAUCGUGGAAUGCCUUUGGAGUACUACGGCAUCGAAGCCGAUGACAACCCUUUCUUCGACCUCAGUGUCUACUUUCUGCCUGUUGCUCGAUACAUCCGAACUGCCCUCAGUGUUCCCCAAGGCCGCGUGCUGGUCCACUGUGCCAUGGGGGUGAGCCGCUCUGCCACAGUUGUCCUUGCCUUCCUCAUGAUCUACGAGCACAUGACGCUGGAGGAGGCCAUCCAGACGGUGCAGGCCCACCGCGCUAUCUGCCCCAACUCAGGCUUCCUCCGGCAGCUCCAGGUUCUGGACAACCGACUAGGGCGGGAGACGGGGCGGUUCUGACCUAGCGGGCAGCCAGGAGCCCUGACCUUCUGGCCAGCACGACCCUGCCCAACCAGCCUGGCCCUGGGGACAGCAGUGUCUGCUGUUUCCAGUGACCUUGACAUGUACAUAGCAAGUGGGGGCUCAGCAGAGGCAGAGGCAGGGAGAGCUGGGUGCUGACCUUUAGAGGGAAGAUUUCCCUGACCCAACCCAGAGAUUCUUUAUGCAAAAGAGAGUUCAGUCUGUCUCUAUAAUAAAAAGUUCAUGAUAGUAAAGACA